AGAACUGCUCCCCUUCUAAAACACGUUCAUCGGUAAACACAGAGAAGUAAUCUGCUAAUCUCAUCUAUUAAAACGUUUUCCAGGUCACACACAAAAAGAUAUAUAUAUAUAUAAAUCUUUACGUAAAAAGAGAGGUGAGAAAGCGCGAACCUCAGUCAGAGUCUCUCUCAGAGUCCACAAUCCACAAUCCACAUUCAUAUGCUACUCACAAAACAAAUUCCUGGUAACCUUGGACCACCCUAAUUCACCGGAAAAUCGAAAAAUUAAGGCGUUGAAUUAACGCCAGAAGAUCAAAUUUCAACAGGAACACGAAAAAAGAUGAGGUUGAUCAAGGUAGCAACAUGUAAUUUGAAUCAAUGGGCAAUGGAUUUCGACCUCAAUUUGAAGAAUAUUAAGGAAUCGAUUUCUAGGGCUAAAGAUGCUGGUGCUGUUAUUCGAUUAGGUCCUGAGCUUGAAAUCACUGGCUAUGGCUGCGAAGAUCACUUCUUGGAGCUUGAUACUGUUUCUCAUGCAUGGGAUUGUUUGAAGGAACUUUUGGUUGAGGAUUGGACAGAUGGUAUACUUUGUAGCUUUGGGAUGCCUAUAAUUAAUGGAUCGGUUCGUUACAAUUGCCAAGUUCUUUGUAUGAAUAGAAAAAUCAUCAUGAUACGACCAAAGAUGUUGCUUGCCAAUGAUGGUAAUUACAGAGAGCUUCGCUGGUUCGCUGCAUGGCAGAAGAAAGAUAGCACAGUGGACUUUCAACUACCUCCUGAUAUUGCGGAUGCCAUCUCUCAAAUGACAGUGCCCUUUGGUUAUGGAUAUGUCAAGUUCUUGGACACAGUUGUUUCUGCUGAAAUUUGCGAGGAGUUAUUUUGUCCAGAACCACUUCAUAUUGAGCUUGCAUUAGCUGGUGUUGAAGUGUUCAUGAAUGCUAGUGGAAGCCACCAUCAACUAAGAAAGCUUGAUACUCGUAUGGAUGCUUUUAAAGGUGCUACACGUACUCGUGGAGGACUUUACAUGUACAGUAAUCAGCAGGGUUGUGAUGGUGGACGCUUAUAUUACGAUGGAUGUUCUUGUGUUGUUGUGAAUGGAGAUGUGGUUGCUCAAGGCUCACAAUUUUCACUUAAGGAUGUGGAAGUUGUCUUCGCACACGUGGACCUUGAUGCAGUUGCUAGCCUUAGGCUCUCCUCAAGUAGUUUUCAACAACAGGCGAGCAAACAAAUGGAGAAUAAAGAAAAACAAAUCAAGUGUAUUGUAGCACCAUACAAGCUUUGCCGAUCAUUCCACUUGGAAUACCCUAUUUCCUGCCCACUUAAGAUUAAAUAUUAUGAACCUGAGGAGGAGAUAGCUUUAGGACCUGCCUGCUGGCUAUGGGACUAUUUAAGAAGAAGUGGAGCUUCUGGUUUCUUGCUUCCACUCUCUGGUGGUGCUGAUAGCUCCUCUGUUGCUGCAAUUGUUGGUAACAUGUGCCAGCUUGUUGUUAGAGAAAUUCAUAAUGGAGAUGAAAAAGUAAAAGCCGAUGCGAUAAGGAUUGGCCAGUAUCCUGAUGGAACCUUUCCAACUGAUAGCAAAGAGUUCGCAAAGCGGAUAUUUUAUACGGUAUUCAUGGGAACUGAAAAUAGUUCUGAAGCGACAAGAUCACGCGCCAAAGGGCUUGCAAAUGAGAUUGGGUCAUGGCAUCUUGAUGUCAGUAUAGACAGUGUUAUUUCAGCACUACUAACUUUGUUUCAGACACUAACAGGAAAACGCCCUCGCUAUAAGGUUGAUGGAGGAUCAAAUGCUGAAAACUUGGGGCUACAGAAUAUUCAAGCACGUAUUAGAAUGGUUUUGUCUUUCAUGUUGGCAUCUCUUUUGCCUUGGGUUCAUAGCAAAUCAGGAUUUUAUCUUGUCCUUGGUAGCUCCAAUGUCGAUGAGGCAUUGCGUGGUUACUUGACGAAGUAUGAUUGUAGCUCAGCAGACAUAAAUCCAAUUGGAAGUAUUAGUAAGACGGAUCUUCGAACAUUCUUGCGGUGGGCUGCUGUCCAUCUUGGCUACUCUUCCUUAGCAGAGGUUGAAGCUGCUCCACCAACUGCUGAACUUGAGCCAAUACGCUCAGAUUACACCCAGCUGGAUGAAGUGGACAUGGGAAUGACAUACGAUGACCUCUCAGUUUAUGGACGGUUGCGUAAAAUUUACCGUCGCGGUCCAGUAUCCAUGUUCACGGAUCUUUGCUUUAAAUGGGGUUCAAUAUUGACACCAUCAGAAAUUGCUGAAAAGGUGAAGUUCUUCUUCAAGUACUACUCCAUCAAUCGACACAAGAUGACUGUACUUACGCCUUCCUACCAUGCAGAGAGCUACUCACCAGAGGACAACAGGUUUGAUCUGCGUCAGUUCUUGUACAACUCAAAAUGGCCGUUUCAAUUCCGUAAAAUUGAUGAGCUCGUUAAGGAUAUCAAUGGUGACAAAGUUCUCCUGGCGAAAUCCGAUGACAAUGAUAAACCAGAACUUGUAUCGGAUCAUGUUGGUGGCAUGGGAGUGGCAGCAGUUGGAUCCGGAAACCCUAACGUGGGUUUGUAGUUAAAAUGCAUUAACAACGCAAGUUGCUAUAAUGCUAUUGCAUUAUUAGUUUUGUGUUAAUUUUAGGUUUUUACUUUAUGUACAUCUUUUUGAGUUUUGUUACUAAUUUACCUUGUUCUAAUCUGCUCACCAUAAUUCCGGAACACCGGGAACUUUGUCAUAAUUCAUCCAUCAGACUUGGUUAUCUGAUUCCUUGGUGCUCAAAGGCACAAGCCGCACAAGAGAUAGAAAGUGAAUAAUUUAGAUCCAUUAUUAGAGGGAAAUAAAAAGAUUCAAUAAAUAUGUCAGAGGUAUCAGGAAUGUUUGAUUAGGUGAUUCUUAAUGAAAGAAGUCAUUCAGAAUUUA